UGCACAGCUGUACCCCAUUCUGAAUGCUCUAGGUUUAGUAAAUCUCCCCCCGUUGAGUUUUCUCUUCUUUUAAUGCAGGCCAUAGAUGGGUCGAAAAUCGGCCGAUUUUUCGGCCGAAAAUAAAUCGGCCGAUUUUCGGAACGUUAGUGGGCUAUUUGUUCGGCCGUUUUUUUCGGUAUUUUGGCAGAUUUUUUUUAUCGGUAAAGUUGGAAAAAAAAAUCGGCCGAUUUUGCCGAUCGGCCGAUUUUCGCGGCAAUGAUGGGCAAAUCGGCCGAUUUUUUACCAAUAAAAAAUCUGCGCAUGAGCAGUGA